AUGGGUAAUUUCUUCUUCCGGGGUUCAAAAGAAGAUGAAGCUGAGAGCAGUGGAGAUGAAGAUGAGAACAAUGAAGAAGAUCAGGAAACAAAUCAUUCACCGCUAAUAGAAAAUGAUGCUCAAGCACCAAUACACAAACCAAAUGAUCAAUAUGAGGAGGCUCAAUCAGCGAUAGAUAUUAAGGAGGACAUUAACACUCUGCAUUAUGUUCCCGAAACAGUAAAACAAAUUCCACGACGUAAUACGGCUGAUUCGGAAAUAUUACUGAAAAAUUCUUUUAAAGUUUUAUGCGAGCAUCAGAGAGAAAACUGUACAAUUUAUUGUAUGUGUUGUAAAAAAUACGUAUGCCAUGAGUGUGUAGAUGCCCAUAAAGGUCAUAAUGUUCAAGAUAUAAAAAAACUUUUACACGAUCUGCGUCAGAAUAUAAGAAGUCUUCAAUCUAACAUGGAAAAACAUGAGAAUAACAUUCAUGAAUGCUUCGGAAAACUGCAAAAUAUGUCGGCUCAACAAAAUAAAUAUAUUGACUUAACCUGUGAUGCUAUAUCAAGACGAUAUUCGCAUUUUGUUUCUGAUUUAGAAGAUAGAAGUGAUAAAACUUUGAAAGAAAUUUCAAGUAAAUGGGAAUUAUAUAUUUCGAAGUAUAGACCAGUUAAAAAUAAAAUUGAACGACUUCAUUUCAUUCAGGACAACAGACAUCAGUUUCGAAAAUUAUUGAAAGAAAAUAACAGGGGCAAAAUAAUAAUCGCAUGCAACAAUCUAAAUAAAUGGUACCCGGUAGCUGAUAUUGAGAAAUCAUACACUAUUCCCAAAAUUGAGUACGGGUUUAAAAAGAAACUAGGAAGUGAAAAAUUGCCAAAACUUUGGACUUUGCACCUUAAUGAAAAGCCAAUAGACAUAACCAAAAGCAUAGUAUGUAUUAAUAAACUAAAAUAUCCAGACAUUGCCAAAAUACAUUCUAUGGAAACAUCAGGAAGUAACAUUCUUCUUUCAAAUACUCAUGAAAUAACAAUAGCAAGUCAAAGUGGAAACUCGCCGCGAAAGGUAACUUGUCCAAAAAGUACUCACGCAACAUUUCUCAACUCCUACACUAUCUUAGCAUGUCAUGAAAAUAAGAUACUUGAGGUAAACAUGAAAGAAGAGCAGAGCAACAUAAGAACUUUCUUAAAAUUUCCUGGCCUUUAUGUUCAAGGAUGUUUUGUAUGUGAUAAUAGUUAUAUUAUUUGUUUGACUCCGAAGUUAAUGUUUUCCGACAAGGCAACAUUACCAAUAAGUAAUCAAGUUAUCAAAGUGGACCUUUCUGGUGAAAAGCUAAUCGACAUACCUUCAGAUGGUUCUAUCGUGUUUACUUUUCCAAUCCGAUGUUAUCAAAAUCCGUUGUCACGUGAUAUAUACAUACUUGACAGAACCGGACCAGCAGCUGGAAAAUUAUUUAUAUUUAAAGAAUGUGGAAAAUAUUUUCGAAGAUACGACGGCAAACCAAUUUUACAUAAAAAGAAUUUUUGGCCGACCGAUCUGGGAUUUAUUGAAGAAUUUACAAUUAUCACGGACGUAUUUAAUAAUACGCUUCAUAUUCUGAAUACAUACGGUGAUGCUAUGUACUAUAUAAACACUAAAAAUCUAUGGAACACUCGACUAGUCCAACCUGCCUCGAUAGCUGUAGAUUCAAAGCAAAAAGAAGUUUAUAUUGGGUCUUGGUCUAAAGGUAACAUAGCUGUUCUAAGAUCCCCACAACUAGCUACCUGUUUGUCUGUCACAGACACCAAUGAUGGUUGUUAA